AUGACUGCUAGCUUCCCGCCUUCUGAAUUCCAUGGAAUGGUGGCCUGCUGCACUGUUCGACCUCUGUGCAUUGGUGAUGACAGACGAUAUUUAAAUGACGUUGAUGAUGAUGGGCAAUGUGGGAAGAAUAUUGGUGAUGGCAGACAAUAUGUAAAGGACGUUGAUGAUGAUGGGCAGUGUGGGAAGAAUAUUGGUGAUGGCAGACAAUGUUUAAAUGACGUUGAUGAUGAUGGGCAAUGUGGGAAGAAUAAUGGUGAUGACAGACAAUAUGUAAAGGACGUUGAUUAUGAUGGGCAGUGUGGGAAGAAUAUUGGUGAUGACAGACAAUAUGUAAAGGACGUUGAUGAUUAUGGGCAAUGUGGGAAGAAUAUUGGUGAUGGCAGACAAUGUUUAAAUGACGUUGAUGAUGAUGGGCAAUGUAGGAAGAAUAAUGGUGAUGACAGACAAUAUGUAAAGGACGUUGAUGAUGAUGGGCAAUGUGGGAAGAAUAUUGGUGAUGACAGACAAUAUUUAAAUGACGUUGAUGAUGAUGGGAAUACAAUACGGGAAGACAUUAGUGAUGACAGACAAUGUUUAAAUGACGUUGAUGAUGAUGGUAGACAAUGUGAAAAGGAGAUUGGUGAUGGUAGACAAAGCAAAAAGGAGAUUGGUGAUGAUAGACGAUGUGAAAAGGAGAUUGGUGAUGAUAGACAAAGCGAGAAGGAGUUUGGUGAUAGCAGACAAAGAAGAAGGAGAUUGGUGAUGGCAGACAAUGUUUAA